AUGGCAUCUCUCAACCUCUCCACCAAUGGUCCAUCCAUCACCAAAAGCUACCAGGCAAUUGUCAACGCUCCCCCACCCUCCGGACCAGCCGCUUCCUCUCCAACCUACGGUCAAUGGGCUGUAUUCUCGGUUUCAGCGCCUCUAGCAAAUGCCUUUCAGCAAGACUCAGGAAACAAAGAAAGUGUGUUAAAAGUUCAGAGCACAGGCGAAGGAGAAUUAGUGGAUUUGGUGGAGGAGUUCUCAGAUGGACGCAUUCAGUUUGCGUUUGUAAAAGUCAAAGAUUCCAAUUCAGGCCUCCCCAAAAGUGCUCUCAUAGCCUGGUGUGGUGAGGGCGUCCCUGAAAGAACAAAGGGCUACUUUACAAGCCAUUUGACAUCGGUUUCAAAACUCCUCCAUGGCUACCAUGUGCAGAUUACGGCCAGGUCUGAUCGAGACUUGACUCCUGAAGGUAUCAUUCAGAAGGUGGCUGAUGCUUCGGGUUCGAAUUAUUCUGGCAGUAGUUCUGCUCCUCCACCAGUAGCUGCCACAAAACCGGUUGUUGCCAGCAAGCCAGUGUUCACUCCCACGCAAAGUAGCGGAUUUUCAGGAUCCGGGGGCUACAAUCCCAUUGCACGCAAUGCCGCCCCCAAGAGGGAUACCAACACGGACGCAGAUGGAUGGGGUUCCGAUGCACCAGAGGUCACACGAACACAAUUGGAAAAAGUUCAGUCAGCUUAUCAACCCACGAAAGUCAAUAUGCGAGAGUUGACAUCACAAAAGCCUGCGCCGUCUGCAUUCAGUAGUAGCCAAUCUGAUGACAGACCUGAAGUGGUUCGAGGCGCCUAUCAACCUGUAGGUAAGGUUGAUAUUGCCGCCAUUCGCAGACAGGCUCAGCAGUCAGGAAAUACAAAGGAUGAUCGUCCUGAAAUUGUCAAGGGAGCGUAUGAGCCUGUUGGCAAAGUCGACAUUGCCGCUAUUCGUGCAAAGGCUCAAAAGCCCGACGAAUCUUCAAGCUUCUCGAGGCCCCCGCCUACUUCCAAUAUCUCAAAUGUGCCAUCAGAUGAGCCGGAGGAUAGACCACGUUCCCUGGCUGAUCGAUCUGCCGCAUUUUCGCAGGGUCCUGAGCGGCUCACCUCUCUUCCUAAACCAAAGGUGGCCAACAAGUUUGGUGGAGGCACAAGUUUUGGAGGCACAAAGGCCCCACUACCUGGGGGAUUUGACGCACAAUCAAAGGGCGGUGCUACACCACAGGUUGGAGCGGCUGGCAGAUCAUUUGCCGAGUCAUCAGGAAAGACGCCCGCACAGCUCUGGGCGGAGAAGAAGGCACGAGAGAGAGGUACUAGUGUAUCAGGAGAUGCACCACUAUCUCCCUCUGGUUACACAGGCCAAGCUCCGAUUCAGACACAACCUAGCGGCGGAAAUGAAUGGAAAAGUGGUUAUGCGGGGAAAAGUUGGGCGCCUGUACAAACUACUCGUACUGGAACAUCUAGCAUCGGUCAGCAGGCCACAGGGGGUAGUUCUGGUCAAGUAGAUGCGGACGAAGCACCUUCAUCUCCAAGUGGAGGGAUCGGGUCGAUUCGCGAUCGCUUCAGUGGUGCUGUUCCGAUGGGUGCUCCAGCACCUGCAGCUGCUUUUGAUCGAGGUCCCCCUCCUGCCCCAGAACCCGAGACGAGCAACAAGCCCAAUCGUGGUAUACCUAUUCCGGGUAUGGCACGGCAAGAGAGUGAUGGAGAGGAGGAUGUGCCUGCACCUCGUAUGCCUACACCACCAGCCCAGCCUCGCAGUCCCACACCUCCCACUCCAGAACCAUCCUCCCCAAUUCGUCUGGCUCAACCGGUCAGUGCAUCGGUGCCACGAGUUGAAGAUGCACAUGAGGAACAACUAUCGCCACCUCCUGUUCUUCCAGCACAAUCCAUCGCACGAGCCAUUCCUACCCCGGCAGCUGAUGAUGAUGAUGAACCUGCUGGUGGACAUGAUUUCGGAAGGGCGGCGGCUCAAGCAGCGGCGGCCUCAAGCCUUGAGCAACAACAGGUAGCAUCUGCUCCAUCAGCGGGCCCCUCAAGUGGAGGUGGUGAGCAAGCACGGGCUGAAUAUGACUACGAGGCAGCCGAAGAUAACGAAGUGUCUUUGCGUGAAGGUGAAUUGGUCACGGACAUCCAACGAAUUGACCCUGAUUGGUGGUUGGUCAAGAACGAAGCCGGGCAGACCGGACUCGUCCCCAGCAACUAUUUGACCAUUGUUGAAGAUGACGAUGCUGGAGGGGCUCCUCCGGCGGCUCCUGUUGCAGCAGCAGCAGCACCGGCAGCACCGGCGGCUUCUCAAGGAGCUACUGCAACAGCACUCUACGACUAUGAAGCGGGUGAGGAUAAUGAAUUGUCAUUCCCGGAAAAUGCCACCAUUACCAAUGUUACAUUCCCCGAUGAGGACUGGUGGCAUGGAGAGUACAAAGGAAAGGCAGGAUUGUUCCCGUCGAACUACACCCAGCUUGAUGGCUAG